GCCAAGUACAAAGUAAAUUUGUCGCCGACUAGCUGUUUAGCUGCAAUUUUACUUGGAUAAAUUGUAAAUUGUUUUGAAAACCAUCCUAAAAAUGGGUCAAGGGGAAAGCAAUUUAAAUAAUAACGGUAAUCAUUUAUCGACUAUUCAAGACGAUGCUACAGUUCAACUAACGAUCAAUAAUAUCAUGUACAAAGUAUCUAACGACAUACCUGUGGAUACAUCGUUAAAUACGUUUAUUCGGGAUAUUGCCAAGUUAAAAGGUACAAAAGCCAUGUGCCACGAAGGAGGAUGUGGUACAUGCAUCGUGGCAGCGGAAAUGAAUGGAUAUAUAAUGUCUGUCAACUCAUGCCUUGUUCCGGUUUAUAUUUGCGAUGGCUGGAAAAUUACAACGAUUGAGGGUAUUGGUGAUCGGAAGAAAGGUUACCAUACAUUGCAAGCAGCACUCGCCGAUAUGAAUGGCUCACAAUGUGGUUUUUGCUCCCCGGGAUGGGUCAUGAAUAUGUUUAGUCUUGCGCAAAAUGGCAAGAUGACAAUGAAAGAAAUAGAGAAUUCGUUUGCAAGUAAUCUCUGUCGAUGCACCGGAUAUAGACCUAUUUUAGAUACCUUCAAGAGUUUUGCUAGUGAUGCGCCACCGAUGAUGAAGGCGAAAAUAAAAGACAUUGAGGAGCUGUAUAAGAUUGAAGCGUGCAAGAACUGUCCCAAAAGGAUGUGUAAUGGUACAUGCAGCGAUCUGGAAAUCGUGAAUAAGUCAAGUAUUCCGCGAACCAUUAAAGUACAAUUCAACGAUGCAGUGCAAUUUCACAAAGUAUUGAACGUAGAUCAUGUCUUUGAAAUAUUUCAAAGAAAUCCAGAUGCAUCGUACAUAAUCAAUGGCGGAAAUACAGCUCACGGUGUUUAUCGUUCUAAAAAAAUGCAAAUCUACAUUGAUGUCAAUAAUAUUUCUGACUUGCAUAAAAUUGAAAAAGAAAAGGACUCCUUGAUAUUGGGGGCAAACGUUACUCUGUCUAUGGCUAAAAUUGCGUUUGAAAAAUACGCUGACGAACCUGGAUUUGAAUACUUGAAACGUAUGGUAAAGCACAUUGAUCUUGUUGCAAGUGUACCCAUUAGGAAUAUUGGUACAAUAGCUGGAAAUUUGAUGAUAAAAAAUCAGUAUCACGAAUUUCCUUCAGAUAUAUUUCUGAUUUUAGAAGCUGCUGGAGCGAAAGUCCAUCUCUUGGACUCUCCGGGUUCGAAAAUAAGCAUGACUCUACUCGAAUUCCUCAAUACAAGCAUGAAUAAAAAAUUAAUAUAUAGCAUUGCUCUCCCGGCUCUGGAUAAAGAAUAUUUGUACAACACCUAUAAGAUCAUGCCGAGAGCUCAAAAUGCUCAUGCAAUUGUGAAUGCUGGUUUUCUAUUCAAAUUGAAUAAUAAAGGCGUCGUUUUAGAGACGCCAAAUAUCAUAUACGGUGGUAUACGACCGGAUUUUCUUCACGCUAUGAAAACUGAAGAAUUUUUCGUCGGGAAAUCAAUUUUUGACGUGGAUACAUUGAAAAAUGGAUUUAAUAUACUUUAUGCGGAACUGAAUCCUGAUCACGUUUUGCCAGAUUAUAAGCCUGAAUUCAGAAAACUUCUUGCGAUAUCUCUACUUUACAAGUAUCUUUUGAAAAUAAAUGAUAAUAAGGUCAAUCCCAAAUUGCGCAGUGGUGGGAAACUGUUGAAAAGAGAACUGUCAUCGGGAAAACAGAAUUAUAACACAGAUCGCAAUUUAUGGCCGGUGAAUCAGCCGAUAACGAAAAUCGGAUCAAUCUAUCAAACAUCUGGUGAAGGUGAAUACAUCAAUGAUAUUAUUACCAACGACAGCGAAGUUUUUUGCGUAUUAACCUUAGCUGAAGCACCUGGCGUUAUUGAAAAGAUUGAAUAUGAAGAAGCUAUGGACAUAGAUGGCGUGAUAGCGUUCUACUCAGCUAAAGAUAUUCCAGGACAAAAUUUGUUUUGCAAUUCAUCUGGCAAAUGGCCUAUAUUUUUAAUAAACGAUGAAAUUCUGUUCGCAGAUAAAGAAAUCACAUACGCAGGUCAAGCUUACGGUAUGAUCGUCGCCAAGUCUCGAACGAUAGCUCAAAUGGCAGCAUCGAAAGUGAGAAUUGUCUACCCCGAGGGGCCAAGACGAAAGCCCAUGGUAACCGUACAUGAUGUCAUAGCAAGUAAUGACAAAACGCGCAUACUAAAAAUGUUUGAAAUGCCUGCUCAACAAGCACCAGGUAAAGAUUCAAAACACAAGAUAAAAGGUAGCUACGAGUGUGGCCCGCAAUAUCAUUUCCACAUGGAAACUCAAACUUGCCUAUGCGUUCCCGUUGAGGAUGGCAUGGAUGUAUUUUCUGCCACGCAGUAUAUGGAUUUGGUACAUGCAAAUAUUGCUAACGUUUUGGGCGUACAAAUGAAUAGCAUAAACGUAAAAGUUCGAAGACUGGGUGGAUCUUAUGGUGCAAAGAUAAGUCGCGCCACACAAAUCGCCUGCGCCUGUGCAUUAGCUUGUCACUUAUUGAAUCGACCAGCGCGUUUGGUAAUGUCAAUCGAAGACAAUAUGCGUAUGGUCGGUAAACGAACACCUGCGUACAUUGAGUACGAUUUGACCGUUGACGAUAACGGCAAAAUUCAACAGCUGGACGCAAAUUAUUGGGGCAAUUGCGGUGCUGUAUUUAACGAGUCACACUCGAUGCUUACUAUUUUCAAUUUGUGUAAUUGCUAUGACCCGUCCACGUGGAACAUGGUUGGUUACGACGUUAAAACUGAUUUGCCAUCUAACACUUGGUGUAGAGCACCCGGUGCGACUGAAGGUAAUGCGGCAAUCGAACAUAUCAUGGAAAGAAUAGCGAGAGUGACAGGAAAAGAUCCCCUUGAUGUCAAAAUAAUUAACAUGAACCCUGCCGAUAAAGAAGCCUUGAUGCCAAUGAUCGAAGAAUUGAAAAAAACUUCAGAUUAUAAGCAGCGGAAAACUGCAGUUGACAAAUUUAACAAAGAAAAUCGAUGGAAAAAACGUGGAAUAGCUAUAGUGCCAAUGAAGCAUCCUUUCCUUGUAUAUGGACAAUACCAUUCCUUGGUUGCAAUACACGCUCGAGAUGGUACAGUGUCUGUAACAACGGCCGGUAUCGAAAUGGGUCAAGGUCUUCAUACUAAGCUCGCUCAAAUAGUAGCUCACACCCUUGGCAUAGAUAUAAACAAGGUGAGUGUCAAACCAAGUAUCAGUCUGACAUCUCCAAAUAGUACUAAUACAGGCGGAAGCAUUGGCAGUGAUGGGUGCGGAUAUGCGGUUUCAAUGGCAUGCAAGGAACUCUUAAAAAGGUUGGAACCAAUCAAAGAAAAACUCGGGGGAAAUCCUUCAUGGACGGAUUUAGUGAUGGAAGCUCAUCAAAACGAGGUUGAUAUGUGUGCCUCGCAUAUGUUUACAGGGUCACAAGACGAAAUCAAGAUGUACGCUAUUUACGGUGUAACAAUUACUGAAGUGGAAGUAGAUAUGCUUACAGGUGAACAUUUAAUCCAUCGUGUAGAUAUUAUGGAAGACGCUGGAGUUAGUUUGAGCCCAAAGAUUGACGUUGGUCAAGUAGAAGGUGCGUUCGUUAUGGGAAUUGGUUACUGGACGUGUGAGGAUCUGAUUUAUGAUCCGGAAACAGGAGGCUUAACCAAUUACAGAACUUGGAAUUACAAGAUUCCCGGGGCCAAGGAUAUCCCAGUCGAUUUCCGAGUUUCAUUUUGUCGAAACUCUUCGAAUCCUCUUGGAAUACUUCGAUCGAAAGCUACUGGUGAACCGCCAUUAUGUAUGAGCUGCUCAAUUCCAAUUGCAAUACGUUAUGCUUUGAAUUCAGCGCGGGCUGAUACUGGAAACAACGAUCUAUGGUAUCAGUUGGAUAAUGCUCUUACAUUAGAGAAAAUUCUCCUUAAUAGCUUAACUACUAUUAAUGAUAUGGUGCUGUGAAUACAAUGUAUUAAAUAUGUAUGAUAUUUUUGAUUGUAUCGUAGAAAAGUAUGCAAAGCAGUUAAAAUAAAUUUCAAUAUUAUGACCAUUCUAUC